AUGUCGGUCAACGUUCCCGUGGACCCAAAGGUCCGAGAUGCUGACAUCGAGAACAAAUUGAGAUUGUUCGGAAUCUACAACGCCUUCGCCAAUGGCAAGGUCCCCUCUAACCAACAGAUCGACGUUGCUCUCAACAGCGUCCUAGAAUCGAAGGCCCUCUCGUCGCCGAGUGAUAAGCUCUCCGAUGAAGGGAAGUCUCUAGUCGACGACCUCAAGAAAGUUAUCAAUGAGGCCAAGUUACUCCUUCUCUCUAAAAACCAUGACCAAGCCAUCCAAGAAUUCAUCUGGCACGCCCAACACGCUGGUAAAACUGUUGGCGGUCCGACUCCCAAUGCUCCUGUCAGCAAAGAACAGGCUCAGCAAGAUAGUGAUAACGCUCUUGCCGGCCUUCGAACAUUAGGAACCCUGAUCAUCACCAACGGUCAAUUCAGAAAGCUCCUUACGGAUUGCACAAUAUUGUUCCGAGACAUCGCCUCGGAUGCCGCCCAAAAGGCAGGAGGAAAGCUCCAGCCAUCUCAAGACCAGUUGAACCAAAUUGAUAAGCCAGCUGAGGACAACACCUGGCACGAAGCACCAGAUCUUUCUCGUGGUUCUCUCCAAGAACGUGCUAAGGGCGCCUUCAACCGCAAUGCACCGGUCAAGACCGAUGACGUCAGACAAGCUGUAGGAGAUACCACGGCAGCUGCCCAUCCGGAGGGUUCUAGGGAUCCACAGAGUCUUGCUGGACAGGCAGUAGGAGAAUAUCAAACCGGUUCUCAGUCGGGCAUCGAUGCUCAGGGCGGUCUCCAAGCCGGAUUGAAUACAUUGAAUGCCCGCAAAGAUGACCAACAAUUCGAAGAGCAAAAGAACAAAAUUAACGAAACGAGCAAUGAAUACAAGCGACGAGCUUCUGAUUAUCUUAAGGGGAAACUGCCACAAGAGCGUCGCGAUCAAACAAUCUGGCGUUUGAAGAAAAUGGUCGUCGAAAUCCAGGGUCACGAAGACUACCAACAAGCCGUUGAUACCUUGUUGUAUCUUGCUGAAACCUAUGCUGGACACACCAAAGCCGUCGGAGAACAAGCCAAUACGUCUGUCUCAACCGUCCGUGACGACAAUCACCUUAAAUCUGCAGAGAACCUACUUCGUGUUAUUGUCGAGCGAUUUGCCAACAGUACUUCCACUGAAGAUCUCUUUGACGCCAUCAAUGAUGUUUAUAAGGAUGCCGACAGGGAUUCUCAAUUGAAGGAGUGGUUCAAGGAUGUUGACGGAUACAUCCGCAGGUGUUUGAAGCAACAAGGAUACAUUUUGACUGACAGAGCCAAUGAAGAAUAUGACAUUCUUUACGACCGUGGCCGCUUCCUCCUCCGUGACCGCUACCGUGGCCAUACUGACCGCAUUGUCGAUGAAUUCAAGUAUCUGGGUGACCAAUUCGCACAGGAUCCUCAGAACAAGCAAUUUGCCGAUUCGGUCACAAAGUUACUGAACAACCUUGGAAAGGAUUCAAAUGGCAAGGCUGUUUUCAAGAAGCACCUCGUUACUGACGUUGCUACCGUUAUUAUCCCUGGAUUCUUCGAAACUGUUCGCUAUGUUCCAGUUCCCCGAAUUGAGUAUACUGAUAAACGGUUUGACGUUAUCGUCGAGAACCUUGUCAUCGAAGGAGACAACCUCAUGCCUAAUGUCUUCGAGUUCGGCAACGAUUCAUACUUCCGUUGGGGACGUAAGGACGUCACUAGCAAGAACAAGCAGAAAGUCAUGCUUGCCGUUUCCGGAGUUCAGUGUGACCUAAAGGAUGUCAGCUUUUAUAUUAAGAAGAAGCAGGGAUUCCCAUCGCUCACUGAUACCGGUUUGAUGGACAUAUACUUAGGAGGUGAAGGUUUCAGCUUCACCAUCAAAAUGUCAUCUGCUGAGAAGAAGGAUCGCGCCCAUUUCUUCCAAAUCGACAAGGUUGACGUUGAUGUCAAGCAUGUCAACAUCAAGCUUAAGCAAAGCAAGCACAAAAUGCUGUUCACUGUCUUUAAGCCACUUCUCUUGAAGGUCGUCCGCCCAGCUUUGCAGAAGGUUCUUGAAAAGCAAAUCAAGACAUCCUUCUCCGAUCUUGAUCGCAAGCUAUACGCCAUCAAGACCGAGGCAGACAAGGUUGAAGAAGAUUUGCGAGAAAACCCAGACCCCGAAAGAGCCCGAAACAUCUUCCAACGCUACUGGUCUGCUGCCCAACACGAGUUUACCCAGAAGAAGGAGAAGGCCCAGGAGAUCGCCGCUGAUAAGAAAGCCAAUAUUGCCAUCACACAAGAAGAUUCCAUGUUCAAGGACAUCAAGCUUCCUAGUGGUACUUCAACUGCCGCUACCAAGUACAAGAAUAUGGCUCGUGACGGCGAACGCUGGGAAUCUCCUGUCUUUAGCAUCGGAACUGCUAAGGAAUCCAAGAACAUCCCAAAGCCGGUCGAUGUUACCCGCAAGCCCCAUGGAAGCAGCCGGGCCCAGCUUAGAGCCCCUCGUGAUUCUGGAGCUGACUUCGAUACUAGUGCUCCCAACCUUGACGGGGCUGGAUUUGCUCCUACCGGUUACGCCCCUGGCCCUACUCACACCGGCCCAUAUGCGCAGCUUCCAGAGACGACUAAGCCUGGUACCUUCAAUCCAAACGCUCAGACGUUCGGCACUAACAAUCCAAACGCUCAGACGUUCAGUACUAACAAUCCAAACGCUCAGACGUUCAGUACUAACAAUCCAAAUGCUCCUAUGCUUGGUAAUAACGUUCGUUCCGCUUUGGGACAUUAG